ACUGGGAAGCCAUUCCCUGCCUCCUGCCCCUCCAGCCCUUUCCCAAAUCCCAGCUCUCCUGGAGCCCCUUCCGGCUCAGGAAGCGGCUCCGAGGAUUCCCUGGAGCUCAGGGUUUUCCUUGGAGCUGCAUCCCCCGGGAUUUGCCUGCUGGGAACCCCAGCCUGGAGCCAUCCCAGCAGCUCCCGAGGAUCUCGGAAUGGUUUUGGUGGGAAGGGACCUCAAAUCCCAUUCCCAUUCCAACCCCGACACCUCCCACGAUCCCGGGGUUCUCCAAGCCUCAUCCAACCUUUCCCCGGACACAGAGCAGCCCCUUGGCUCCGUGCCACAUUCCAACCGUUCCCGGAAUUCCCGCAGGAGCGCCUGAUGCUCUCCAUCCUUCCCAAGCACGUGGCCGACGAGAUGCUGAAGGACAUGAAGAAGGACCCGAGCCAGAAGGAGCUGCAGCAGUUCAACACCAUGUACAUGUACCGGCACGAGAACGUCAGCAUCCUGUUCGCGGAUAUCGUGGGAUUCACGCAGCUCUCCUCGUCCUGCAGCGCCCAGGAGCUGGUGAAGCUCCUCAACGAGCUCUUCGCGCGCUUCGACAAACUGGCGGCCAAACACCACCAGCUGCGGAUCAAGAUCCUGGGAGAUUGCUACUACUGCAUCUGCGGGCUGCCGGAAUUCCGGGAGGACCACGCCGUGUGCUCCAUCCGCAUGGGGCUGGCCAUGGUGGAGGCCAUCUCCUCGGUGCGGGAGCAGACGCGCACGGCGGUGGACAUGCGCGUGGGCGUGCACAGCGGCACCGUGCUGGGCGGCGUGCUGGGCCAGAAGCGCUGGCAGUACGACGUCUGGUCCACCGACGUCACCGUGGCCAACAAGAUGGAGGCGGGCGGCAUUCCCGGGCGGGUGCACAUCUCGCAGAGCACCAGGGACUGCCUGAAGGGCGAGUUCGAGCUGGAGCCGGGCGAGGGCGGCUCCCGGUGCGAGUACCUGCGGGAGAAGGGCAUCGUCACCUACCUCGUGGUGGUCCCCAAGCAGCCCCUGCGCAACGGCAUCAACGGCGUGAAGCUGUCGCUGACGUCGUCCCACGGCGUGUCCCCACCGCCGGUCACCGGCGCGGAGCGCAACGGGAGCCUCAGCCGGAGCCCGGAGGAUCCCGAGGAUCCCGAGGCGGGCAGGAGGAAUUCCCUGGAGCUCGGCGACGAGGACGGAGAGGCGGUGAACCCGUCCUUCCCCAACCCGCGGCGGCGGCUGCGGCUGCGGGACCUGGCGGAACGCGUGGCGGGCGCGGCGCAGAACGAGCAGGAGCUCAACCAGCUGCUCAACGAGGCCCUGCUGGAACGCGAGUCCAUCCAGGCGCUCAAGGGCAAGAGCACCUUCCGGCUCUCCAUGCGCUUCAUCGACCCCGACAUGGAGACGCGCUACUCCGUGGAGAAGGAGAAGCAGAGCGGCGCCGCCUUCAGCUGCUCCUGCGUCGUCCUCUUCUUCACCGCCCUGGUGGAGGCCGUCAUCGACCCCUGGUUGGUGACCAACUACGUGACCUUCGUGGUGGGGGAGGUGCUGCUGCUCGUCCUCACCCUCUGCUCCUUGGCCGCCAUCUUCCCGCGGGUCUUCCCCAAAAAACUGGUGGCCUUCUCCACCUGGAUCGACCGCACGCGCUGGGCGCGCAACACCUGGGCCAUGGCCGCCAUCGCCAUCGUCACCGCGGCCGACAUCGUGGACAUGCUCGGCUGCCGACGCGACCGCGGGCUGGCCACCAACGGGACGUCGGGGCCGCCGCGGGGCGGUGGCUGUGCGGAGCAGCCCAAGUACUACAGCUACAUCGCCCUGCUGGCCCUGGUGGCCACCGUGAUGCUGGUCCAGGUGAGCCACAUGGUCAAGCUGACCCUCAUGGUGCUCAUCACCGCCGCCACCGGCGCCGUCAACUUCUCCGCCUGGGAGCCCAUCUUCGACCAGUACGACCGGCGGCGGGGCCAGCACAGCUCGUCCGUGCUGGUCCCCUCCAAGUAUUCCAUGACCGCCAUGAUCUUCGUGGUGAUGCUCAGCUUCUACUACUUCUCGCGGCACGUGGAAAAGCUGGCCAGGACCCUUUUCCUGUGGAAGAUCGACGUCCACGACCAGAAGGAGCGCGUGUCCGAGAUGCGCCGCUGGAACGAGGCCCUGGUGGCCAACAUGCUCCCGGAGCACGUGGCCCGCCACUUCCUGGGCUCCAAAAAGCGGGAUGAGGAGCUCUACAGCCAAACCUACGAGGAGAUCGGCGUCAUGUUCGCCUCCCUUCCCAACUUCGCCGACUUCUACACGGAGGAGAGCAUCAACAACGGCGGCAUCGAGUGCCUGCGCUUCCUCAACGAGAUCAUCUCCGACUUCGACGCGCUCCUGGACGAGCCCCAGUUCCGCUGCAUCACCAAGAUCAAGACCAUCGGCAGUACCUACAUGGCCGCCUCCGGAGUGACGCCCGACGCCGGCGCCAACGGAUUCGGCGCCAAGAAGGAGCUGUCGGAGAAGGAGCGCUGGCAGCACUUGGCCGACCUGGCCGACUUCGCCUUGGCCAUGAAGGUGACGCUGAUGAACAUCAACUACCAGUCCUUCAACAACUUCAUGCUCCGCAUAGGGAUGAACAAGGGCGCGGUGCUGGCCGGGGUCAUCGGCGCCCGCAAGCCCCACUACGACAUCUGGGGCAACACGGUCAACGUGGCCAGCAGGAUGGAAUCCACCGGAGUCAUGGGGAACAUCCAGGUGGUGGAGGAGACGCACCUGAUCCUGAAGGAAUACGGAUUCCGCUUCGUCCGGCGCGGCGCCGUCUACGUCAAGGGCAAAGGGGAGCUCCUGACCUUCUUCCUGAAGGGCCGGGAAAAGCCGGGAUCGUUCCUCGGAGCCGCCGCCGUUCCCCUGCCCCACCAGGUGCUGGAGAAUUCCUGAGGAUCCGCCGGCACCACGGAAAACCCCUCGGGAAUGUGGGAUCCGGAAGCCAAGGCUUUGGCACGGAUCCUUCCCGGAAGUUUCGGGGGGAUUGGAUUCCGUGGGAAAGAGGGAAACGCGGAUCCGGCUCCGGGGACCGCGCCGCCGGCUUUUCCCGGGGUUUUCCGGGAGGAAGCGCCGCGGGACAGCAGGACUUGGAGUGGCGGCAGCAAUUCCAGGAGAUCCAAACUCAGGGAUGGUUGGGAAGACUCCGCGUCUCUUCCGGGAGCGGGAGCAAAUCCGGGAUUUGCUGGGAAUUGCCCCCGGAUUCCUCCCGAAGCACGGCAGGGAGGAGCUGGGAGAGCUCGGAUCCGCCUCGGAUUUGGGGAAGAAGGGACGGGAAUUGUGCGUUCCAGGCCCGGGAAUUCCAUCGGAGAACCGAUGGAUUUCCAUUCGGGAUCGGCGGCGCCGGGAACGGCGCCCAUGGAAUGAGGGGAGCCGGGGGCAUUCCCGGAGUUGGGAUCGCUUUGAAUAGAAAGAGUGGAAUUCCAAAGCCUGA